AGCGUCCCUGCCUACUGUAAGUGCUCGACCAAUCGUGUAGGACUUAAAGCCUCCCGCUCACAGGAACUAAGGAUCAAUAUUACCGCAGAAUACAUAAAGUCUGGACAGCAACUGUCAGUCAAUGAGCAGGUACUAUAGUAUAUUAUUGGAGUUAUCAGCGCGCAUUCCGUUAUCAAACAAAAAUACCAAAGUGUGAAUGGGGAUCAACGUGUUAGAUUGCAACCUUUUUAUAUCGAUACACGGCUGACCUAGGUGUGAGAGAACCGAUAUACAACCUUCACAAUGGGUUAAAUUAGUGGUAUGCUGAUAGCUUUACGGGGGAGACGUCCAGGUGUUAAAUCUCUGUGUUCCAUACCAUUUCAUUUCUUAAUUAUGAAUAGUGUUGGUUUUAAAUGAUAUGAGAUGGAACGUUUACAAUUUGCAAGGAAUCAUAUAUCCAUACCACUGGUGAUGAAUGUUCUUUGCCAAAAUUUUCAGCACAGACAUUUUUUGCAAAAUUCAAGUCAUGGAUUUUAUCAAUUAAUUCAAGUGAGAACACAAAUGAUUUCUCAGUACCGGAGCAGGAUAUGAGCGGAUAUGCUGGGUGUUAUGGCAUCAAAAACCAUCAGGAAAAUUCGAAGAAAGUCGUGGUGCACCUUCGUUUCUGCAGUGUGCUCUCUUGUCGUACUGUGUCUCUUUAGUAUCAAUAAUCAACUUUUGUCUUUUGAAACUUGGGAUUCCAAAAAAAUUCCCUCCACUAAAUUUUACUCAAUGCCUCUGGAAAUGGGACAUCAUUACAGAAACUUACAAAAUGUCAUACAUUAUGGUAAUGUAAGUCAAAUCCAAUCUGGGGUGAUCAGCGAAGGAACAUCAUUCAAAAAAGUGUUCACAAACGAAGAGGCAAGGGGGAAUACAUUGACAGAGGAAGAAAAAGUCUCCGGAAAAACAGACAAACUAUCAUUAAAGGACAAGGAAAAGGAGAGAAAACGUCGCCUUCCUCAAGCUAUAAUUAUAGGAGUGAAAAAGGGCGGAACCCGUGCCUUGUUGGAAUUUCUACGUGUCCACCCAGACGUUAGGGCUACUGGUCCAGAGCCGCACUUCUUUGAUAAACACUAUCACAAAGGGCUUGAUUGGUACAGAAUGCUUAUGCCAGAAACGAUGCCAAACCAGCUCACAAUAGAGAAAACCCCGAGUUAUUUCGUUACAAAGGAGGUGCCGUCAAGGAUUUUCAGAAUGUCUAAUUCAACCAAGCUUUUAAUAGUGGUCAGGGACCCGGUGACCCGUGCCAUUUCAGACUACACCCAAAUUCUUAGCAAACAUGGUGGGAAAAUCAAGUCAUUUCAAAGUUCUGCUUUCUUGAAUAACGACACUACAAAAAUUAAUACGUCAUGGAUUGUGAUAAGAAUUGGUUUAUAUGUCAAGCAUCUAGAGAACUGGUUAUCUGUGUUUCCUUUGAAACAGAUUCAUUUUGUUCACGGUGAGAACUUAGUGACGAAUCCGGGGGAGGAAAUGAGGAAAGUACAAAAAUUUUUAGGAUUAAAACAAUUCAUAACAGAGCAGCAUUUUAUAAUGAAUAAAAGUCGAGGAUUUCCGUGUAUCAAGAAGAAAAUAACCAACAAAAGGGGACACUGCUUGGACGACACUAAAGGGCGUAAACACCCACAACUGCCAGAAGAGGUCACAUCCUCUCUCAGACGUUUUUAUCGUCCAUAUAAUGAAAAAUUUUACCAAGUCACAAAUAUAAAUUUUAACUGGACGUAACAUUUGAUAUGCCAUUUCAUGUUUUUUUCUGAUACUGAAAUUUCCCAUUUAUUUCAUCGACAACCAUGUACCGAUUCCAAGUGGAACACAUAAAGUCGAUAUAAGGAUGUGUUGUAACAGUGUAAAGAAC